GGAGUAAAAACCCAACAAUUAAAUUCAUAAAUUCAAAUUUUGAUUGUGGAGAGUCACGGGGUGUUCUUUUCUUCCAUUUAAAGUCUCAUAUUCUCUUCGUCCCAUUUAUUGUACCCUCACCUUAUAUAUAUAUAUAUAAACAACUUCUCCCAUUUCCACUACUCACCUCAUCUUCCAUUCUUGUCUUCUUUUAACAAUACAACAUUCACAAUCUUAUUUUUCUUUUUAGUUGAAUUUAAGGAAACUAACCAUGUUGGAUUGGGGUCCUGUUUUGGUGUCAGUGAUACUGUUCAUCCUCUUGUCUCCAGGACUAUUAUUUCAACUGCCAGGGCAUAGGCAUUGUGUGGAAUUUGGGAAUUUUCAGACAAGUGGUGCUUCCAUUAUGAUUCAUACUUUGCUUUAUUUUGCUCUUGUUUGUGUCUUCUUUCUUGCUGUUAAGGUCCAUCUCUAUGUUGGUUAGAAUUAAGGGGAGGCUCGCAGAAGCUACUAGUGCAAUGACUGGCCUAGUCUUUUUUUUUUCUACCUCAAUCUUUUUUCUUAUGCGAACUCAGUGUUAUCUAAGUCUUUUUAACUAGUCCAAUGUUACCUAUCGAAUUUUAUGGCAUUGUUACUAUAAGUAAAAUGAUUGUUAUUUCAAUAUUAUUGUAUUGAAUUGUUAAAUUUGACGUUAUGUAAC